UGAUCAAUGAUAUGAGCAUUGAUGCUACCUCGGAAUCUGCGAAUUCCCAUGCUAAGCAACAUCUUAUGGAGAAUGGUCAGGGGGUGCGGCCCACGAUCAAAGUCUUGCAGGAGUAUCAGCACCUGGCCAGCACGCUCGCUUGACAAGGCUGGCAUAGGAUCUUAGUAACUGCCCAGCACUUCUGUCUGGGACGUACGAGUUCAAGACACGCAACUCAUCUACGAACCUCAACCUCGCAGUCCGCUCGCGCCGCUUUGUAAGACCUCUUCUCACUGAUUGAUUGCUGAUUCCAGCAGGACGCAGCAGAUGAGACUCCCUGUUGUGGCUUCCAAAGCUAUAGGUCCUUUCGCCUUAUCGUUCCUUCUUCUCCUCUUUUACCAGGGAAGCCAAGCAAAGGGGCAGGACUGCCAGACGCUCUCAGUCAGAGCGAAUCUAUAUGUGCACUUUGCACGCCUUCCAACUUGCGAGCCGUGUUCGCCCUUGGGAACCUCGAGGGACAAAGAGCGGAAGGCCUUUCCUUGUCCGGAUGUAUGCGAUCAGCGCAUUGCUGACUUGAUGUACGACACCGCAAAGUUUCGUCUCGACCCAUGCAUGCGUGUCAUGAACCCCGACAAUUUGUCAGAAUGGGAUAUACUUUUUCGGGAUCCAAACAGAGAGAACUACCCAUUUCAGGUUCCUGGCCGACAAAUUUGUCAUUGCUCAGUCACACUCGUAGUUCAGCGUCUGGUGAAGCGGCUCCCUGAUACGGAUCCACGUCAGUCUCCUUUCGCUCCAAUCCUUUGUGCAUACCCUUAUCCAGGACAGCGGAUGGUUUCUCGGCCAUUGAGAAUCAAGUCUGAGCAUUGGUAUCCAGCGUUGCAAGUGAGCAUGGAAGGAUGGGAAUACGGCACACCCCUACGAGAGGUGGGUUGGAUUUAUGCCGACAUGGAGCCGUACCCUGUACAGCAGCCUUCAAUCUGUUGCGAUGCAGGAGUGCGAGACCUUCGAUAUGCUGAGGAUACGAGCAACCAAAUAGCCUCAGGAGUACGACUGGACCUCGACAGUAAUUGCACCAUCAAAUUUGGUCAUCACAGGACUUUGCUUCAGGGCCAGGGAGUACUGUGUUGUACACCUGACGUUUGGGGAGGUAUCAGAAAGCGGCUUGUGCAACUGCACGAAAAGGACCCAGACUGGCGGACUUACAGGAAUGAGAUUGUCAAUCUGAGGAGUCAAAUCGGAAUACUUUGCUUCCGCCAUAGCAACGACACAUCCCUGGCAGACCUGGUGAAGACUGCUGUGACUCCACAAUGGCUAUCCAACGGGGUUUUUUACAUGGAAUUUCGUUAAUGCCUCGGCCCAGGGAAAAGUCGCUUUGAUAAGUCGAGCCUUAGAAAAGGCCGCUUGCUAGCUUGAAUAGAAUGUUCUCAAACUGAGCUAGCUUCCAGAAUACUUGACAUUUUGAACGAACAUCCUUGAGCUAGGUAAUUUUGCAAAAAGGUUGUGGUGCUUGACAUAUUGCGCUCAGCAUGCAGCAGAGCUACUUAAGCACAAACAGCUUUCAAUGUCCUGUUACAGAUGUCAAUCUCUGUGCAGAGAAUGUUCGCCGUGUGCGGAAUCAUAAACCGG